AUGAUACAUGAUCCCCCGCAUGUUCCCCCGCAUUUGGGGUCACAAACUGCAGCAACUGCUCCAGCUAGCAGCAACAUCUGCACUCCCAGCGUAACUGCGGGCCGCCGGCGCUGGUUACUCAUCGCCGCCCCCGCAUCCACCAUGGGAACCCUAGGCGCUUCUUUCCCUCAGCUGCGAUUCCCGCUGCUAAAUUCUCCCUCUCCACACAGAAAACUAUCCACUCCGCUUUCUUCCUGCAUUCGCCCCAACUCUCGACUCGGCGCUACCCGUUCUCAAGCUCUUAGGAGGCAUGUGUUGUCUUCUCUCUUCGCGGCUUCUAUCUUCCCACAACUUGGAUUCAGCGGGGUCAGCAUAGCUGAACCAUCAGAUGAAUUUAAAGAAUAUAUAGAUAUAUUUGAUGGUUACUCGCUAUUGUAUCCCAAAAAUUGGAUACAAGUUCGAGGGGCCGGCGCAGAUAUAUUCUUCAGGGACCCCUUCGUUCUUGACGAGAACUUAUCGAUCGAAUUGUCGUCGCCUUCGUCAUCGAGAUAUGUAAGUGUUGAAGAUUUAGGACCUCCAGAAUCAGCUGCGGCAAAAGUUCUGAAGCAAUAUUUGACGGAAUUCAUGUCUACGAGAUUAGGCGUUCGUCGUGAAUCAAGCAUCUUGUCGACAUCAUCGAGAGUUGCAGAUGAUGGGAAGCUCUACUAUCAGAUUGAGGUAAAUAUCAAAUCAUAUGCAAACAAUAAUGAGCUAGCAGUGAUGCCACAGGACAGAAUAGUUCAGUUAGAAUGGGACAGAAGAUACCUAUCUGUUCUUGGUGUUGGGAACAAUCGCCUGUAUGAGUUGAGAUUACAAAGCCCUGAAAAUGUGUUUCUGGAUGAAGAGAAGGAUCUGAGAAGAGUGAUGGAUUCCUUCAGAGUCCUCAAUUUAGUAAAUUGAUUUUCUUUUCUUUUCUCUUUUUUUUUUUUUUUGUUACAAAAGAUUUCCCAGAUGUGAGUGAGAAAUGUAAAUUUUUUGUCAAAAAAAUCAUGACAAUCAUGACCAUGUCAUAAAAGGUUUC